CAUUUUGUACCUACUGAGGCAAGGCAUGUGUAAACUUAGUGUAAAUAUACAAGUUACCAGUUCAUAUUUACUUAGCAUAGAACGAGAUGAAAAUGUGGGAGCUACUAUUAUCCUGCUUACUUCUGUCACAAGCAGGCGCGAAACCUGUCGACGAAAACAAGGAAGUGAAUGACUGCAACUACACCGCUGAAUUAUUGAAAGAAAAGUUGGACAGACCGUACUUGCUAUCUACCGAUUACAACACUAACACAAUAUACUUUAGCUACACUGUACCAUCGAAAACUGACGAGGGAGUCGAAAAUUUUACAUCCGCGUAUAUUCACCUAAACACUAAGGACUACGGCACCAUUAAUAAUGUUCAGGAUGGCUUCGCUCAGAGUGUUGAUCAGAAAACCGGAGAUGUGUACAUUGGAGGCAGUGACGGAAUCUACAAAUACGACCACAACACUAAAAAUGCUGAACUCCUCGGUGCCAAGGACACUGAUAUUUGGAUGAUAUAUUUCAAGGAAGUUUUAUAUUACUCAGUGUUUCCGUCACAGUUCUUGUAUACAUUGGUAGAUGGAACAUCAACAAGAUUUUCAGAUUUAGAAGAUACGAAAGUGGAUCACAUGGUUAUUGACAAUGAAAACGAUAUUUUCUUCACAAAUGAGACUGGUUUAUUUAGCCAAAAAAAGGGCACAAAAAAUGCUGUAUUCUUUGCCAAUAAUAUUUCAGUAAGGGCUUUGACUACUGAUAUGAAUGGUAAACCAUAUAUUUGCCUGAACAAUGGUGUAUAUUCCAUAAACAAGAAGGAAAUAAAAUUAGAUUUAGUUUUUGAAACAGUUGACGCAUUUGGUCUAACAUUCGACAGUGAAAACAAUUUCGUGUGUUCAGAUGACACCAGCAUAUACAGAAUCAAAGCAGACAAACAUAAGUGCAAUGACGGUCCGUUUUUAUUACAGAGUGUAAAUCUAGGUACAAACUAGAUAGAUAUGUUUAUCAAUAAAGACCUUCAAUUUA